AGCGGGGCACAGGGUAUAUAUGUCUAGGUCCUUGAGCCAGGCUUUCGGGUCACCUGUUGUGCUGGAGUGAGACAAGGCAGCGCCAAGCCCCUGGGGAUUUUGCAGGAUUUGAUUCUCCCUGUCAGGACUCUCCCCGCCACCCGCCACCAUGCCUUUCGGAAACACCCACAACAAGUACAAGAUGAACUACAAGUGUGAUGAGGAGUACCCUGACCUCUCCAAACACAACAACCACAUGGCGAAGGUCCUCACCAAGGAGCUUUACGAACAGCUGCGUGGCAAGGAGACUCCCAGCGGCUUCACCCUGGACGACUGCAUCCAGACCGGUGUGGACAACCCAGGCCACCCCUACAUCAUGACCGUGGGCUGUGUGGCUGGUGAUGAAGAGAGCUAUACUGUAUUCGGCGGACUCUUUGAUCCUGUCAUCCGGGACCGUCAUGGCGGCUACAAGCCAACUGACAAGCAUAAGACCGACCUGAACCACGAGAACCUGAAGGGUGGAGAUGACCUGGACCCCAACUAUGUUCUCAGCAGCCGCGUGAGGACUGGGCGCAGCAUCAAGGGGUACACCCUGCCCCCCCACUGCAGCCGUGGAGAGCGCCGGGCUGUUGAGAAUCUCUCCAUCACUGCCUUGAACAGCUUGACCGGAGAGUUCAAGGGCAAGUACUACCCUCUGAAGAACAUGACCGAUGCAGAACAGCAGCAGCUCAUUGACGACCACUUCCUCUUCGACAAGCCCGUCUCUCCUCUCCUGCUCGCCUCAGGCAUGGCCCGGGACUGGCCCGACGCCAGAGGAAUCUGGCACAAUGACAACAAAACCUUCCUGGUCUGGGUGAACGAGGAGGACCAUCUCCGCGUCAUCUCCAUGCAGAAGGGCGGCAACAUGAAGGAGGUUUUCCGGCGCUUCUGCGUCGGGCUGCAGAAGAUUGAGGAGAUCUUCAAGAAAGCUGGCCACCCCUUCAGCUGGAAUGAGCACUUGGGCUACAUCCUGACCUGCCCCUCUAACCUGGGCACUGGGCUGCGUGGGGGUGUCCACGUCAAACUGCCCCAUCUCAGCAAGCAUGCCAAGUUCGAGGAAAUCCUCACGCGUCUCCGUCUGCAGAAACGUGGCACAGGUGGUGUGGACACAGAGGCCGUGGGCGCCGUUUUCGACAUCUCCAACGCUGACCGCCUGGGCUCCUCCGAGGUGGAACAGGUGCAGCUGGUGGUGGACGGCGUGAAGCUGAUGGUGGAGAUGGAGAAGAAACUGGAGAAGGGCCAGGCCAUCGACGACAUGGUCCCUGCACAGAAGUGAGAGGUUUCCCGCAGCCGCCGUCCUGCUGACCCUGCAUGGACUGGGGCUUGGACUCCGGGGGGGUGACCCCAACCCUGCCACUCCCGGCCACCCACCGCCCUGUCCCUGGGCGCCCUCCCUUCUCUUGCGAAGGAGGGCGGAGGGCUGCCUGGGGUGGGGCGGGGCAGCUGGGAUGCUCGUGACACCUGAGUCCUAGUGGAAGGAGUUAAUAAAGUGAUUUAUGGCCCCCAGAGCCUUGCCUCCUCCCAAAA